CUUCAGCCUAUCCAUUUCCCAGAAGAGCAGAGAGAGGAGCAAAUCUCGGCGGCAAUGGUGAAGUUUCUGAAACCAAACAAGGCGGUGAUAAUCCUUCAGGGGCGGUACGCCGGCCGGAAGGCGGUGAUCAUUCGCAACUUCGAUGAUGGUACCCGCGACCGCGCUUACGGACACUGCCUGGUGGCCGGUCUAGCCAAGUACCCGCGCAAGGUGAUCCGUAAGGACUCUGCCAAGAAACAGGCUAAGAAAUCACGCGUCAAGUGCUUUAUCAAGCUGGUGAACUACAACCACAUUAUGCCGACUCGUUACACCCUCGAUGUGGACCUGAAGGACGUGUUAUCUCUCGAAUCCCUCCAGUCCAGGGACAAGAAGGUGACUGCCGCUAAGGAAGCCAAGGCACGGUUCGAGGAGCGGUUCAAGACUGGGAAAAACCGCUGGUUCUUCACCAAGCUCAGGUUCUGAGGAGGACAUUCUGGUAAUUUUAAUUUGGAUCUAGUAGUAGUGCUUCGGAAAAGACUGUUUUUUGUUUUGUUAUAUUUGAGAAAUGACUCUGCAUUGAAGUUGAUGUUUAUUUCAAAGUUACUCCUCUUAGAACUGUUUAUGCUGAGAAACUUAUCUGGUAUCCUCUUUAUGUUCAAUCGAUAUGCUGGCUCCGAUUAGAAUUUUA